CAGUAAUUAGUGGUAGAUCUAUGAUCGACCUCGCAUGAUCACUUAAAAUGUGUCCCUUUGUCAAUUUCAUGGUCUGUUCAAUCUCUUGUUCUAGGCAGAGUGUUCUAGGUAGCUAGGUCUGAUCAACUCAAUGGCAGGCAGAGACUGGGCCUACGUUUCUUUUGUGGCAUUCUUUGCUGCCCUGGGGGCUUACUUGGCUGGAUACGGCAUUGGGUCUGUCAAUGGUUUGCAGAACUUCUCAGGAUUUCUGGAGUUCUUUGAUCUGGGGAACAGUUCCACAAACGCAAGUUGUACAGAGACGUCGCAUCUCACGGAAGGCAGUCGUCUUAUUUUGGGGACCAUCAUAUCCAUCAUAAACCUCGGAGGAGCCAUCGGAAUCCUUAUUGCUGGCAAGCCUGCCGACUACUUUGGCCGUAAAAUAACUCUUGUGAUGUCAGGAGUGCUUGUGGUUCUUGGAGGAUCCAUACAGAGUGCAGCUAUUCAGGGAGCUUCUUGGAUGUUAAUUUUGGGUCGCCUCAUUGCUGGAUUGGGAUAUGGCUUGUUCUAUUUGGCUGGCCCUGUGUACAUUGCUGAGAUAGCUCCCAAGCACAUCCGAGGGGCCUUGACCUCUCUCAUUGGCCCAGCCAUAGCAUUGGGAGUUUUAACUGGUUAUGUCACCAACAUCAUAUUGUUUGACAAGCCUAUUGGUUGGAGAGUGUCUCGUCUACUGGCUUCUAUAUUUGGGUGUGUCUAUAUUCUCGGCAUGACCUUGAUGCCCAGGACCCCAAGGUGGCUCAUGUUGAACGGGAGAGAGUCAGAGGCACGAGAGGUGCUGAGACAAACUUCCUCCAAGCUGGGACAGGAGGGAAUUGAAGCUGAGCUAGAGGACAUUAGACAGAGUUUGGAGUCAGCGAAGAAUUUAAGUAUCAUUCAGAAGAUUAAAGCCAUAUUAAAAUGGAAGAUCUUGAAGAGAGUAUUUCUUGGGAUUCCACUUCAUUUUUUUGCUGCUGGCUGUGGAACAGCAGUUUUUUUCUAUUCUGAGCCGUUGUUUUGUUCUCUGGGGAUUGCUCCGUUUGUCACUGCAAUUGUGAUCGGAGUAAUGAGUCUCUGUGGAACCAUCUUCACAACACUCUUUAUUGAGAAGCUUGGCAGAAAGCCGAUGCUGGUUGGAGGCGCUGUGAUUAUGUUUCUCCUCACUGGAGCAGCUGCUACACUAGUCUUUGCCUUCAACUUGGAGGAAGAGAAUAAUGAUGUCGUUGGCUAUAUUGUUGUGUUUCUGGUCUGCCUCUUUAUGUUAGUCUACUCAUCCACCUGGUAUGUGAUUCCGUGGGUUGUCACCAGUGAGAUAUUUCCUUUGGAGGGACGAGGUGUUGUGGUUGCUAUUGCCACGACAAUGAACUACGGAGCGACAUACCUCUUCACACAAUCCUUCCCCUCCAUUUUGGCUUCUGUAAAAGCCUCUGGUUCCCUCUACAUGAUUAGCAUAAUCAACAUAGUUGCAGCUGUGUUUUAUCUGUUUCUUCUACCCGAGACAAAGGGUGUUAGUCUUGAGCAGAUGGAGAAGAUAUUUGCUAAGCCCUGGUUGGAAAGAAUUGGACUUGCUAGUUUCUUUCGGUUUUGCCGAAGACCUGAAAACCUCUCAACCGAUGUCAGCAGGACAGACAAUGGAGUAGUGUUAACAGGUGGUAAGCUUAAACCCAGGGAAGAUGAGAAGUCAAGUCCUCAGAGAAGAAGUGAUAUGGAGAAAGACGAAGACUGGGAGGAAUAUUGGAAACACGAAACAACUGUGUGAACUGUGUCAUUGUGCUGUUGCAAAAUCUAUUUUUAUUUUUGGUCAUUAAAUUUCCUGUAGACGACCCGUUCCUAAUUCCAAAUCAGAAAAGUUGUGUGCGGAAAUGAAA